UGUGUGGGUGUAUGGGAAAACAAAAAAAUCCAUAAUAAAAAUCUCUGAUUUAUGUAAGUUUAUACUGUGUUCCAACAAGACAAGGUUUGGAGAUAAAACUUAUAAAGGUAAUGUGUUCCUCGCUUGUUGUGAUUUACAGGAGAAACUAAGAUCCACUUUGGCAGCGAUUCAUCUGAUCUUCAUCUGGGAUUAUGAAAUCAGUUAUCUCCCAGUGCUUUUUGUGAUGCUAUCAAAUCAAGUUCCGCUGAAGCUCUACAACUUCAGCUGGCUUUUAUUUUUAUUUUUACUCGAGCAGGUCACAUGGUGAAAGAGAACUCAGGAUUUGCUCUGAGGCAAUGAACACAAUCUGUAUCCAGGACAUCUUGUUCUUCCUUAAAAUAUAACCAUUAAUUAUUUAUUUAAUCCCAGAGCAAUCAACUUCAUUGCUGUUUAGUUGUGACUUUAUCUAAGCCUUAAACAUGGUGUGUUUACAUUUAUUAUACAUGCUAACUCAGAAGUCAGUGUACUUGUGUUUUGUUGUCCUCCUUUCUUACAUUUUAGCUGUUGUUUUCGGACCAGUCCACCCAUGUGGGAUUCUACUAAUGACAGCCUGUUCUGGCCUCAACGGAGCCAACAUGUCUUUCCCCAAAGAUUCAUAUUUCUGUAAUGCCAGUCAAAACCUCGACGGAAAAACAGAUGACUUGUUUUGUAUUUGUUUACAGAUCCUCCAGAACAACUCAAACCUUUCAGUGACAUGCUGCUCUGCAAAUGGGAACGUGAACUGACAGGACAGCUGGUAUUUCUGUCGCUUUGCAGAGAAAUUGGAGUUUCACUUGAACGGGCAUCAUUAUCUGGUUGUUCAGCGCUCUAGCUGCGUUAUUUAUCUCCGCUCUUAUCAUCUCUGUGAUCUUCGCCAUCAUUCCCGUGUGCAACAAUGUCCUGGUGCUGGCCAUCRCCAUGGCAGUGUCUGGUUUGGCGAUGGGCGUUAUCGACACCAUCGCCAACAUUCAACUGGUGACCAUCUAUCAGAAGGACUCUGCUGUUUUCUUACAGGCUCUGCACUUCUUUAUUGGGUUCGGUGCCCUGGUGAGCCCGCUGAUUGCAGAUCCUUUCCUCUCCGAGUCGGGCUGUGGGAAUCACACAGGGAACGAGACCGAGAUCAUACAUCAUUUCCGAAACAUGCUGAGAAACAGUCCGAUGGYAGAGCACAACAUUACUCAGAGCCACCUUCUUCACGAGGGAGGGGAGGUGGAGGAGUCCAGCGUGCACUAUGCUUUCUGGAUCAUGGCGUUAAUUAAUCUGCCUGUUCCGCUUGCAGUGCUGUUUCUCAUGUAUCGGGAGCAGUUACUCCCAUGCUGCACCAGUGGCCCUCCACGCCUUUUAGACAAAGAUGAACUAGCCAUGGAGACCCAGCAGGGGGCCGAGGGCCCAGACUUGGAACAGAAGGAACGUGAAGCAGGAGGUCACGGGAGCAUCUUCAGCUGCUGUCAGAAUGAUAACCUGCGUGGGUUGCCUGUAUCCUUCUUCAUGAUUCAUAUCCUUGGAGGGAUGGUGCUCUUUAUGACUGAUGGCAUUGUGGGUGCUUAUGCUGGCUUUGUGUACACCUACGCUGUGGCGUCGCCGAUGUCRUUGCCUCAUAAGACAGCCGGUUACCUGGCGAGUAUUUUCUGGGCGGCGAUCACUGCUGGACGUCUCUUGUCCAUACCUCUUUCAUAUCGUUUCCAGCCUGUAAGAYUGCUGCUGUUCAACUUGGCAGGAGCUAUUGUUACUGUGUUGAUGCUGCUCAUUUUCUACACCAGCAACGUGUUUCUGUUUGUGGGAACCUGUUUGUGUGGACUUUUCCUAAGCAGCAUAUUCCCCUGCAUGCUCGCCUACACCGAAGACAUCCUGGAUUACCAGGGGUGUGCAACUUCCGUCCUGGUGACGAGUGCAGGGAUGGGCGAGAUGGUCAUGCAGGUUCUGGUUGGCUCAAUUAUUCAGAGUGAAGGCAGCUACAGCUUCCUGCUGUGUGGAAUGAUAAUCGCCUGCAUCGGUUUUAUCCUCUUCAUUGGUCUCCUGCUGUUCCAGCGAAUGCACAGAAAUUACCUCACAGGAACAUCGAAGAAGUCAGCGAUGGUGGAGGAACCAGCAGCCAAGCACAACGGGUCGGCCAAAACAGAACAAAGCAAUGACACGACCAUAACUCAGUAGUUUAUUGUUUUCUGCUCUGUAAACUACAAACAUUUAUCAAAUUAAGGAUUAUUGUUCUGCUUUAUGUAGUCGGAGGGUUGGAAAUGUACUGUAUAUAGAAUCAUUAUUUAUUGUUCUGCUAUAUGUAGUCGGAGGGUUGGAAAUGUACUGUAUAUAGAAUCAUUAUUAUUAUUACCAAAGACAUUUGUGUAUUUUGUUUUAGCUUGUUUUGAUGCAUGUAUAUUCUGUGUUGAGUUUUUCUGAAAAGGUCCUGUUGUAUAAAAGUUUAUUAUUUUCUGAAUUUUACCCAAGUUACCCUACAGCUUUAAAUGCAUCCAUGUGAAGGGACAGACUUUGUACUUGGAAGUUAAAAGCCACAGAAUCAAGYUCGAAAGUCAAACAAUCAUUCAACCUUUAAAAGGUUAACAGUGAAUCUACACCUUCACAUCAAAAACCAGUUGUAACUAACMAGAGCUGUUACUUUAACAAAAUCAUUUUAUACAUGGAUUUCACAAUCAUUAUUGAACAUAAAGAUGUUUCAUACAGGCCUGUUUUUACAGUAAAAACGUGUUUUCUUUAAAUAAAAUUUGGUA